AUGAGUAGUGAUUCAUCGACUGGGAAAAGUCCUCCUAAGAAGAAAAAUGUGAAAUAUGAACAGAAAUUCGUAAAUUUGUGGUUAAAAGAUGAUAGGUUCAAAGGCUGGUUAAGGAAAAGCACUAAAGGUGAGACUUAUUUCUUUUGUUCUGCGUGUAAUUGCGAUAGAAAAUGUGGUAUACACGAACUGUUACGACACAAAGAUUCAACAAAACACGCAAAGAAUAGUUUGAAAUUACAAAAACAACAAAAACUGACAUCAAUGAUUACCUCAGCUUCCAACUCACAAGAUACACAAAUUAUAGCUAAAACGGGUGAAAUAAAAAUGGCCUGCUUUAUUGCUGAGCAUAAUCUGUUUUUUAACAUAGCAUCUCAUUUGAAUAAAUUGAUUUGCGCUGUAUGUCCAGAUUCGAAAAUUGCGGAACAAUUAUCAAUGAGCCGCACAAAAGCUAGAGCUAUUAUUGUUAAUGUAACGGGGCAGACAGCAGAAGAAAAUUUAUAA